CCUCUGUGUUUUGUUUGGUUGCCGUUAGCAGCAAGAUGGCGGCUCCCGUCCCGGUGCUCAGCCCCUGCGCUCUGCAUAUUUAACUGCGGCUCUCAGCCUUCACGGUGCCCCCUCACUGCUGCAUGGAGUGGCCGAGCAGCGCACCCAUUUACCCGCAGCUUUAUCUCUGUUUCUGCUGCUUUCUGUCAGGCUGAGCAGCUACCGGCGGCUGACUACCGACUCUGCACUGCAUUCACCGGGAGAAGAUGGCGGACUGUCGGCUGCAGUCUCUGGGAUAGCGAAUUCCGCACCGGUCCCCGUUGGAACCACAGAGAAGCGUUAAGUGACAGAACCUGCCCGCAGGAACUCUUAUGUGAUCCCGGUAGAAGAGGCUACAUAGCUUCUAUCAAAUUAGCCGGCUAGUUAGCCACAGUAGCUAGUUAGCCGAUGCUACCCUGAGCUGACGCUAACGAACCGCCGGAGACAUAAACUUUUCGACAGAACUUGGAUUUUUCUUCCUCUGACUGAGGACCUGGAGUCUCUGACAGCAGCGUCAUGGCAGCUGAACCCGCGGUGCUGCAGCCCCGCUGGAAGCGCGUCCUAGGAUGGACCGGCCCGGUGCCGCGGCCCCGGCACGGACACCGAGCCGUGACGAUCAAGGAGCUGAUGGUGGUGUUCGGCGGAGGAAACGAGGGGAUCGUGGACGAACUGCACGUCUACAACACAGCCACCAACCAGUGGUUCAUCCCUGCAGUGCGAGGUGACGUCCCCCCCGGCUGUGCCGCCUACGGCUUUGCGUGUGACGGGACGAGGCUGCUGGUGUUUGGAGGGAUGGUGGAGUAUGGCAAAUACAGCAGCGACCUGUACGAACUGCAGGCGAGUCGCUGGGAGUGGAAGCGUCUGAAGGCCAAGCCCCCGAAAAACGGUCCCCCCCCCUGCCCCCGCCUCGGGCACAGCUUCUCUCUGAUUGGCAGCUGCUGUUACUUGUUUGGAGGACUGGCCAAUGACAGUGAAGACCCCAAAAACAACAUCCCGAGGUAUCUUAACGACCUGUACAGUCUGGAGCUGCGUCCUGGCUCCAGCGUGGUUGGCUGGGAGAUCCCGCCCACGUCCGGUCCGCCGCCGCCGCCCAGAGAGAGCCACACGGCGGUGGUGACGAGCGGCCGCGCUGCCAACAGACUGAUCAUCUACGGAGGGAUGAGUGGCUGCAGGCUGGGAGACCUGUGGGUGCUGGACACAGAAUCUCUGACGUGGAGUAAACCGGCGCUCCAUGGGACCGCCCCCCUCCCCCGCAGCCUGCACUCUGCCACCGCCAUCAACAACAAGAUGUAUGUGUUUGGAGGUUGGGUUCCUCUGGUGAUGGAUGACGUUGAAGUGGAGAGUCAUGAGAAGGAGUGGAAGUGCACCAACACACUGGCCUGCCUCAACCUGGACUCGAUGUGUUGGGAGACGGUCCUGAUGGACAGUCUGGAGGACAGUGUCCCCAGAGCUCGAGCCGGUCACUGCAGCGUGUCCAUCAACUCCAGACUUUACAUCUGGAGCGGCAGGGACGGGUACAGGAAGGCCUGGAACAACCAGGUGUGCUGCAAGGACCUCUGGUACCUGGAGACAGAGCGUCCCUGCGCUCCCUCCCGGGUGCAGCUGGUCCGGGCCAACACGUCGUCUCUGGAGGUGAGCUGGGGGCCGUCACAGACCGCAGAGACUUACCUGCUGCAGCUGCAGAAGUACGACAUCCCCACCACACCUGCCUCCAGCCCCGCUCCAAAGAGCCCCGCCCCCAUCGCCACAACAGCGCUGUCCGGCAUCUCGCUGCUUCCCUCCGCCUCCGUACUUGGAAGCCCAUUGGCUGCUGCCACCAAAGCACCAGCUGUCCUGAAGGUGGCAGCAGCGGGCGGAGCCUCCGUCGUCACAGUAAGACAGGCCACGCCCAAACCCCCGGCCCCUGUGACAACAUUUCCUGCUGGUGUUCGUAUGGUUGUACCUGCUCAGGCGGGACAGGUGACGCCAAUAGGAAGCAGUUCUCAGAUGAGCGGCAUGGCGGCGCUGGCGGCAGCGGCCGCAGCAACUCAGAAGAUGCCUCCGUCCACAGCGACGGUGCUGAACGUCCCAGUUACAAUGGUGAGCACCCCCGCCACUCGUAUCCUGAAGACUGCGGCUGCUCAGGUGGGCGGGGCCUCUGUAGUCUCCUCCCCCGGGACCCCUGGCCGACCAAUCAUCACGGUGCACAAGUCAGGCACUGUGACUGUGUCCCCACAGGCUCAGGUGGUCACUACAGUGAUGGGCGGAGUCACAAAGACCAUCACUCUUGUGAACAGCCCGCUCGGGGUGGGAGGGGGCGGAGCUCUGAUCGGGAACCUGGGGAACCUGGGGAACCUGGGGAAGAUGAUGUCAGUGGUUCAGAGCGGGGGCCGCCCGGUGACCCAGAUCCUCCAGGCGAAGGGUGGCCUCCCAGCAGGAACCAUCUUGAAGUUGGUGACGUCGGCAGACGGUAAACAGACUACCAUCCUCAGCACCGCGCAGUCCGGAUCCACAACCUCCAAACCUGGAACCACCUUCAUCAAGACUAUCCCAGUGUCCGCACUGCAGGGGGGGGCAGGUGCCAACAGUCCAAUCAGGAUCCUGACCACCAAGAUGAUGACGGCAGGUACGACCGGGAACAUCCUCACCUCCGUCCCCAAAAUCACUGCCGGCCAGCAGGGGCUCACACAGGUGGUGCUGAAAGGAGCCCCUGGGACACCUGGUACGAUCGUCAGGACCGUCCCCAUGGGUGGGAUCAGACUGUUGUCACCGGGAGCCGUCGGCUACAAACCCUCCGUCACCACGCUGGUCGUCAAGGGAACCACAGGUGUGUCCAGUCUAGGGACAGGAAGUGUCUCCAGCCCGGUGGCAGGAGGAGCCGUCACCGUUGCUAACGCCUCCCUGACAACGCCCAUCACCACCCUGGCAACCAUGGCCAACAAGGUUACCACGGCAACUGCAAAAGCAGAACCCACACAGGUGACUCUGAUCACGACUCCGAGCGGUGCAGAGGCUCAGCCGCUGGUCCAGGAUCUUCCCGUCACCUUCAUGGCUUCUCCUACUUCAGAAGAACCUGGAAGUACUACAAGUACCACUGCAGGAGGAGAGGCUGCUGCUGCAGUGACGCUGGUCUGCUCCAACCCGCCGUGUGAGACUCACGACACUGGAACGACCAACACCGCCACGGUGGCGUCCGCCAGCAUGAGCCGAGAGCUGCAGCCUCAGUCACAUCCCACCAGUCUGAACGCAGGGAAAACCUGCUCCAAUCCACCGUGUGAGACCCACGAGACAGGAACCACCAACACCGCCACCACCGCUGGAGCCGGAGGAAUCCGACAGGUGUGUUCCAAUCCACCAUGUGAGACGCACGAGACGGGAACAACCACCACCUCUACGACAGCUACAGCUCAGCAGAGUGGAGACGGUCAGCAGGAAGACUCCGCCUCCUCUGACCCCAACCCCUCCACCACAGCCAGUCACAGCAGAGCUGUUACCACGGUUACACAGGCCACACCCACACCCGGGCCAUCCAUACCUGAGAUCUCUUCAUUGGUCGGAGAGGACAGGGCGGAGUCCUCGGAGGCUGUUGCCAUGGUGAUGGUGGCAGCUAAGGAGGUGGAGGAGCCUACACAGAUGUUACAGGUUCAUAUGGAGGGCAGAGGUGCAGCAGCACAGGUGGACACACUUCCUCAGGAGCUGAUGUCAUCAGAAGGGGACGGAGGGGAUGCGGUCUCCGCGGCGACGACUCUGAUGGUAACGGGACUGACCUCGGAUCAGCUGGCUGUUUCCACGGCAACAGAUGCGGCAGCUCAGCAGGCGAGGAUACAGGCUGUGCUGCAGGGACACGUUGGCGGGGGGGCGGUGCAUCAGUCCGGCCCCAUCGUUCUGACCCAGCAGGAACUGGCAGCUCUGGUUCAGCAGCAGCUGCAGGACGUCCACAGACCAGAAGCAGCUCAGCUCAGCGGCGUGCCCACAGAAGGCCUUGCUCCAGCCGACAGCCUGAACGACCCAGCUGCAGAGAGUAACGGGCAACUGCUGACGUCAUCAGCCGUGACGAGCGCCGUGGCUCGAUUGGCCAGUACGUUUGGCCCCGCCCCUCCUCUGGCGGUGGGUGGUGUAAUUAAGAUUCAAGCUGCUGCCACCGAGGCAACCAAUAGCGUCGCAACAGCUGCAGGGAGGGUCCCCGUGACAUCAUCAUUGAAGGACAGUCGGUGGUACGACGUCGGCGUCGUCAAGGUUACCAACAUGGUGGUGUCACAUUACUACAUCCCCAACGACGACAACAUGGCCGACGAUGACUCGGGUGAGACUCCGGACUACAGUCUGAUGAGGAAGGUGGAGCUGCAGCCGGGGACGGCCUAUAAGUUUCGUGUCGCGGGCACAAACAUCUGCGGCCGCGGUGUGUUCUCCGAGGUGUCGGCCUUUAAGACGUGUCUGCCUGGUUUCCCCGGAGCACCGUGCGCUAUCAAGAUCAGCAAGAACGUGGACGGCGCUCAGCUGACCUGGGAGCCUCCUGCCGUCACCUCCGGAAACAUCUCUGAGUACUCUGUGUACCUUGCCAUCCAGUCGAGCCCGGCCUCCUCCGGUUCUGCCCCGGCCCAGCUGGCCUUUAUGAGGGUUUACUGCGGACCGGCCCCGUCCUGCCGGGUCCAGGCCUCCAGCCUCGCCAACGCACACAUUGACCACACCACCAAGCCCGCCAUCAUCUUCCGCAUCGCCGCCCGCAACCAGAAGGGCUACGGGCCGGCCACGCAGGUCCGCUGGCUGCAAGAAAACAGUAAAGAUGCCAAAGCAGCAGCCGUGAAGCGAGCAGCAGCUUCUCCUGACGGGUAACACGUGCUGUUCAUGAAAUGAAACCUGUCGGACCCAAGAAGUUCAGAACCGACCAAUAGGAGCAGCCGACGUUCUGCGGAGCACUGUGAUUGGUCACUGCGGUCUUAAGCUCCGCCCUGCAGUAGGCGGGGCUCUGACAGGAAACUGUCAAAAUAAAAGACUUGUAGGAUAUCUGUACAUUAUCUAACAGCCAAUCAGAACGCUUCUCUUCUUCUGAACGGCAAUGAAAAUAAUAAAGUUUGAAUGUCGAUGUAGCCCCGCCCCCCCCCUGAUGUCACGAUGAAGGUCAAAGGUCACGGUGCUAUCGGGGCGGGGCGGGUGUAAAUUAUUUUUCUUUCUGCAGCAUCAAAAUAUUUAGUUUCUCUUUUUUAUAAGAAAAGUUUUUUCUUCUUCUGCUGAUGGUCAGUUUGUCUGAGCAGGAAGUUGUUUGUGAAUAUUCUCUGAAACAAUAAAGAAUUUUAGAGCAUUUUUUUACCGGC